UGUGGAGGAGCCGCUCAAAGGCAGACUCCAAGAGUCGUAAAUAUCGUCAAAGUAUUAGUCUUAACACGUAUACUUCACAUUUGUUGUCAGAUUUAAAGCCAGAUCAAAGAUUAGCUUCGCUUGAAUUUAUGGUGCGACCGUCUCUGGUUUAGUUCUCGUAAUCCUAGAAGAACAAGCAACAAGCAUUUUGGAAUAAUGAGGGCAAGGGAACGGUUAUCGUGUGCUGUUGGACAUGUGUUCAUUGACCUAUAUACACAACUUCUAUUUUCAUUCCAAAUAAUAUUCUUCAUGAAAGUGUUGGAACUUUCAGCUUCACAAGCAGGGCUGAUAGUUCUCAUUGGAGAACUUUCAGACGCUGCUAUGUCUCUGAUAUCUGGGUACCUUGGCGACAAUGUCAACGUUCCUGUUCUGUCGAACAAAAUCGGCAGACGAAAAUCUUGGCAUCUGCUUGGAACAUUUUUAAUGGCAAUAUGCGUCCCUCUUUUGUUCAACAAGUGCUUUCUGUGUGAUGGAAGAGAUCAAAGCUGGCUUCCACUUGUCUACUUUGGCUUCUUCUCGGCGUUAGUUNUGUGUGAUGGAAGAGAUCAAAGCUGGCUUCCACUUGUCUACUUUGGCUUACUCUCGGCGUUGGUUAAGAUGUGCUUUAACAUGGUGGCAAUAAAUCAUUUGGCAUUUGUCACCGAUGUCACUGAAAAAGUCUCGGAAUUUACGGCCGUUGUUGCCGUAAGUACAAUGUUUACCUUCGCGAGUGGUGUUUAUGUUUACGUCAUCGCAUGGGCUCUUCUUGGACAAGACAGUGGAGAUAGUCUGGGGCCUAUACACCUAUCAGAUUUUGCGUAUCUCUCUUGGAUUGCAACUGGAACAGGAAUCCUUUUCGCAAACAUUUUCUACAUUGGGACUAAAGAACCUCGCAAGACACGUGAAAGAAAACGGAGUGCAUAUAUUGACAUGGUAGCGAUUAUCUUCACAUGUGCAGGCCUUGUAAGAAACACAGUUUUCACAUAUUUACCACUGUUUCUUACAGAAAGAUUACAAUUUGCAAAGGAAGCCAUUGCCUAUUUUUCAUUGGUUCUUUUGAUAAGUGCAUCUUUCUCGAGCAUCCUUUGCGAAAAACUCAACAAGAAGAUUGGAAGCAAGUGGAGUUACUUACUGGCAGCUUCCUUUGUGGUGGGUGGUGUCGUUUGGAGUUAUUUUCAAACUCCCUCCACCAGGCAAGCGACCUAUGCACCCGUCAUAAUAAUAGGAUUUGGAAUGUCCGUUAUGUACGUCAUGUCAACGGCUUUUGUCACUGAACUGAUAGGAGACAAUAAGGUUUGUGAUUUGGGGAAAUACUGUAAGUUUAAUUUUAAACAGGUUUGUUCCGUAGCAUACGUAAUGUCAAGUUUUAGUAAGAAACUGUUUUGUUUUAUUACGUCCAACUGCGCUUCUUGUUGGAGUUACCUACUGGGAGCUUCCCUUGUGAUAGGCGGUGUCGUCUUGAGUUAUUUUCAGACUCCCUCCACCAGGCAAGCGACCUAUGCACCCGUCACAAUAAUAGGAUUUGGCAUGUCAGUUAUGUACGUCAUGUCAAUGGCUUUUGUCACUGAACUGAUUGGAGACAAUAAGGACAGCAGUGGUUUAGUGAUUUCCAUUAUAGUUGUAAUGAGAAUGAAACAAGAACACCCAAAGAAAGGAAAGUUCAUGAAUUGGAAUCGUCGUUGCCAACAUAGAUAUCAAUUGUUUUGUUUUUAUUUUUUUUUUUCUCAACUCUUUAUUGAUUUACUCUUGCAGUGGAGUUACCUACUGGGAGCUUCCCUUGUGAUAGGCGGUGUCUUCUGGAGUUAUUUUCAGACUCCCUCCACCAGGCAAGCGACCUAUGCACCCUUCAUAAUAAUAGGAUUUGGCAUGUCAGUUAUGUACGUCAUGUCAAUGGCUUUUGUCACUGAACUGAUUGGAGACAAUAAGGACAGCAGUGGUUUAGUGAUUUCCAUUAUAGUUGUCAUGAGUAGGGUCUCAAGUGGUGGUAUAGUGAUCGGCAUACAAAGCUUUUAUCCGGAAAACGACUCGAACUCAGACGAGGCGAUUAGCAACUACGUACAGCACGUCUUUGUAAUGGCGCCUGGGGUAUUAAGUCUGGUUGGAUCUCUGCUUGUUUUAUGCUUGCAACCUUCUGUGUUGGCCUGUAAGGCGAAAGGUGGGCGAUGUAUAUGUGUAUAAGCUGAUCCAUUAACGAAAGAAACUUUUAGUGUCAUUGGGUGUCAUUAUUACUUUCCUUUUUCGUCACCCGUACAGUAUAGAAUGUACAGAGACUCCCAAGUGAAAUCAUGCUUUGUCAAUCAAAGUAGAUUCUUUGUCCCAAGUUUAAG